CUUCAAAGUCGAGCGCGUCAGUUGUGUUUCGAUCUUUUCAACGGAUAUAUUGGCCGUCUUCCAUUCUUUGUCUCUCUCAUCCUCCCUCGCUUGCUUCUCUGUGCACCUUACUCGGGCCUCUCUAUUUCUCUAAUAGACCUUUCUUAGUUUCUUUUUCUUUUUCUUUUUUUUGGGGAAGCUUUGGAAAGCAUAAAUGGCGAGGCGUACAUCUGAUCUAGUGGGCCAAGUCCAGCCAGCUCAUCAGCUCGAUCUCGACGCGUUGUUCCGAUAUGCCUCUCUCAACGUCGAUGGCUUCCCUUCCUCUCCUUCUAAUUUCACCGUUUCUCAGUUUGGGCAUGGACAAUCGAAUCCCACGUAUCUUUUGGUGGUGGGUUCGGGAGCUUCGGUGAAACGCUAUGUUCUAAGGAAGAAACCGCCUGGGAAGUUGCUUCAGUCUGCGCAUGCCGUCGAGAGAGAAUUCCAGGUUCUUCAGGCAUUGGGCUCUCAUACCCAAGUUCCAGUUCCAAAAGUUUUCUGUUUGUGUACUGAUCCAAGUGUAAUCGGAACUGCUUUCUACAUCAUGGAGUACUUGGAAGGACGCAUUUUUAUUGACCCCAAACUACCGGGUAUAGCGCCUCAGAGGAGAAGGGCCAUAUAUCGAGAAACUGCGAAAGCUUUAGCAUCUUUCCAUUCUGCAGAUGUUAAUGCCAUUGGUCUAGGGAAAUAUGGGCGUUUGGACAACUAUUGUAAAAGACAGGUAGAGCGGUGGGCUAAACAAUAUGUUGCCUCAACUGGUGAGGGUACGCCUGAGAGAAAUCCGAAGAUGUUCAAGCUAAUUGACUGGUUACGGCAACAUAUUCCUCUUGAAGAUUCUUCAGGAGCUACAGCAGGCUUAGUUCAUGGAGACUUUCGUCUAGAUAACCUUGUUUUCCAUCCCAUUGAGGAUCGAGUAAUUGGCAUUCUUGAUUGGGAAUUGUCUACCCUUGGAAACCAAAUGUGCGAUGUUGCAUCCAGCUCUUUGCUUUAUGUUGUUGACAUUGCUGAUGACGCUCAAGUUGGUCAAGGUUUAAAGCUUACUGGAACAGAAGGGAUACCGUCCCAAGCAGAAUAUUUGGCAGAUUACUGCUCUUAUUCUGGAAAACCAUGGCCCAUUGCUGAGUGGAAGUUCUAUAUAGCCUUUUGUUUGUUCCGUGGAGCUUCAAUUUUUGCAGGAAUAUAUAGUAGAUGGAUUAUGGGUAUUGCAUCAGCAGGUGAUCGUGCCAAACAUGCAGGGGAAAAAGCUAAUGCUCUAAUAGACGCAGCUUUGGCAUAUAUUAAACAGGAAUCUGUGCUUCCUGAUCAUCCUCCAUCAGGUGCUUCUAUUAAAGUAGAUUACAUAGAGCGCUCUGGAAUUGCUAGCGAAGAUCAAGUAUUUUCUGGAGUAGGAAAGUUUGUUCCUGGCAAAAAGGUUACUGAAUUGAGAAACAAGUUGAUAAAGUUCAUGGAAGAUCACAUAUACCCAAUGGAAAAUGAGUUCUACAAACUUGCUCAGUCUUCCUCGCGUUGGACAAUUCAUCCAGAGGAAGAGAGGUUAAAGGAGCUGGCCAAGAAAGAAGGUCUAUGGAACUUAUGGAUACCUUUUGACAGUGCUGCAAGGGCAAGAAAACUUAUCUACGAUGGAAGCAAUUAUCCUCUCUCUGAUGAUGCAUAUGGUCAGUUACUAGGAGCAGGCCUUUCAAACCUUGAAUAUGGUUAUCUUUGUGAGAUCAUGGGUCGUUCUGUUUGGGCACCACAAGUGUUCAAUUGUGGUGCUCCUGACACAGGAAAUAUGGAGGUAUUGUUGCGCUAUGGGAAUAAAGAACAACUACUUGAAUGGCUUGUUCCCUUGCUUGAGGGGAAAAUCCGAUCAGGAUUUGCAAUGACAGAACCAAAAGUUGCUUCUUCUGAUGCAACCAACAUUGAAUGUUCUAUUAAAAGACAAGGAGAUUCAUACAUCAUAAAUGGGAGGAAGUGGUGGACAAGUGGAGCUAUGGAUCCAAGGUGCAGAAUUCUUAUAGUCAUGGGAAAAACUGACUUCAAUGCAGCUAAGCAUAGGCAGCAAUCUAUGAUCCUAGUAGAUAUCCGGACUCCUGGUGUACACGUAAAAAGACCACUCAUGGUCUUUGGCUUUGAUGAUGCACCUCAUGGACAUGCAGAAGUAAUAUUUGAGAAUGUACAUGUCCCAGCGCAGAAUAUUCUAUUGGGAGAAGGACGUGGAUUUGAGAUUGCACAGGGUAGAUUAGGUCCUGGAAGGUUGCAUCAUUGCAUGAGACUGAUAGGUGCAGCAGAGCGUGGCAUGCAGAUGAUGGCUCAAAGAGCUCUUAGUAGAAGAGUUUUUGGGAAGUUGAUUGCUGAGCAAGGUUCAUUCCUUUCAGAUUUCGCAAAGUGUCGAAUAGAGCUUGAGAAAGCCAGAUUGUUGGUUUUGGAAGCAGCUGAUCAGCUUGAUAGACUGGGAAACAAAAAAGCUCGUGGAACUAUAGCAAUGGCCAAGGUUGCAGCUCCGAACAUGGCACUUAAGGUGCUUGACAUGGCGAUGCAAGCUCAUGGUGCUGCUGGAGUAUCUUCCGACACUGUUCUUGCACAUCUUUGGGCCACAGCAAGAACAUUGAGAAUUGCAGAUGGUCCAGAUGAAGUUCACUUAGGCACCAUUGCCAAGUUAGAAUUGCAGAGAGCUAAGCUUUGAAAUCUUCAGACUGAAUAUUGUGCAAUAAAAAGUGUAUUCUCUUUCUGUAGUAAAUUGCAAAAGAGAGAACAAUGAAGCUCAGAUAGUAAAGAACAUUGAAAUUAACGCUGUGACAAGGAGAAAAGUUAGUAAAAUAGUAAUAAUUUAUGUU